CGCCCGCCACCGCCCGGUUUCCACGGUGACGGGCGCCCGGCGGGGCUGCCUGGCCGAGCCGGGUGCAGCGGCCGCGGGAAGGUCCCGGCGAUGGCGAGAUGAGCGUUGCGGGGGUGGUGGCGGGGACGCGUCCCCCCAGCUCGCCCACCCCGGGCUCCCGGCGCCGGCGCCAGCGCCCCUCUGUGGGCGUCCAGUCUGGGAGGCCGCAGAGCCCGCAGCUCCGGCCCAGCGACCCGCAGAAACGGAACCCGGACCUGGAGAAGAGCCUGCAGUUCCUGCAGCAGCAGCACUCGGAGAUGCUGGCCAAGCUCCACGAGGAGAUCGAGCACCUGAAGCGGGAGAACAAGGAUCUCCAUUACAAGCUCAUAAUGAAUCAGACAUCACAGAAGAAAGACAGCCUCUCCACGUCCAGCUUCCCGUCUGUCAAGUCCAUCUCUAACUCAGGCCAGGCCAGGCCCCAGCCCGGCUCCUUCAACAAGCAAGAUUCGAAAGCUGACGCCCCCCAGAAGGCAGACCUGGAAGAGGAGCCCCUACUUCACAACAGCAAGCUAGACAAGGUUCCUGGGGUACAAGGGCAGGCCAGAAAGGAGAAAGCAGAGGCCUCUAACGCAGGCGCGGCCUGUAUGGGGAGCAGCCAGCACCAGGGCAGGCAGAUGAUGGGGGUGGGGGCACUCCCCCCAAUGAGCCUGCCCCUUCACCUGCGAAAACCCACCACACUGAAGCAGUGCGAAGUGCUCAUCCGCGAGCUGUGGAACACCAACCUCCUGCAGACCCAGGAGCUGCAGCACCUCAGGUCCCUCCUGGAAAGGAGCCAGAGGCCCCAGGCGGCCCCAGAGGAGGCUGCGUCUAGCUCUCCCAGGGACCAGGCAGCCAUGCAUUUUCCUAAGGUCUCCACUAAGGGCCUCUCGAAGAAAUGCCUGGUUCUGAGCCCACCUGUGGCGCAGCGUGCCGUCCUGCCUGCCCUGAAGCAGACCCCGAAGAACAACUUUGCCGAGAGGCAGAAGAGGCUGCAAGCAAUGCAGAAACGGCGCCUGCACCGCUCAGUGCUUUGAGCCUCCCACAUCUGGUCAGUGCCAGGCCCACCAACCUGCAGCUGGAGACUGGUUCUCUAUAGCAUUUCCUGACACUUCACUACCUUUAGGCCUGGCUGAAUUCCAAGAUAGAUGACACUUAAAAUAGAUAAAGUACUUGAUCUCUAAAGUAACCAUUUAUUUUCUGUUAUUUUGCUAUUUAGCAUUUACAUAAAAAGCACAUGAUGAAGUAGGUAUCGCUUUACCUGUUGAAACUGAAAAUAAAGCUUCUUUACUUCCA